AUGUCAGUACCAGGGCGCGAGGCGAUCCAGGAGGCGGCCGCGCGCGGUGUGGAGGAGCUGAAGGCGACAUGCGAGGUGUCGAUGCGGCACGCGCGGCGCCGUGCGGAAAGGAUGCAGGAAGCACAGACGUCUUCUCUCGUGUCGUGCGCGUCACGCGUCCAGGAACGCGAAGACGAGCACCGCACGCGUCGCGAGGCAAAGGAGGAGCUGCGUGCGUCGCGUUCGAGCUCGUUUGGGUCGCGCGCACGUACUGAUAUGCGAAACGAGCGGCUAGAGCUCGUGGAGGACUUGGAACGCGGUCCGCGUCCUUUUGAGCCCCGCGCCGACGAUCCUGACGUGCAGCGCUACGAGCCGAAUGCAAGGAUCGCGUUGCGGACACGCCUUGUACCGAACGCGCAAAUUUCCGAGUACCUGGACUGUCGGUAUGUCGUGACACCGAGUAUGCUCUAUUCCUUGGCGAGCCGCACAGGCACGUCGGGGUCCGAGUACGAGCGCAAGGCGGGCGAGGCUAUGGAUGGCGACGUGGAAGUGCCUUUGUAUGGUGACUGGGUCCUAUUUGCCGUGAUGGGCGAAAAGGGGCAGCUAAAGUACACUGCAGCAACCAUCGAUCAAGACGAGGAAAAGAAAACACAGAACGACGAGCUAACGCCUUUCGAGCGCUCCAACCCCUCGCUCCCAGCGCGAAAGUACUUUGGAUGCAAGCUCCUGGACCUCAGCACGGAAAUCGUUGAGGCACACCGCCACCUGCCGGGGCACUGCAUGCUGAACAUGAUGCUCUUUGAGUCCAAAAGCCAGGCAGGGUCCAAGUACUCGGGCGGCAACGGCGGCGCAUUCGAAAAGCUCUGGAAAGAGCGCGACGGCAUGCUCCUGGCCAUUCUCAAUCCGCGCAUUAUGAAGCGCCGAAAAAACGCCAAGGGGCCCGCAAAUGAGCUAACAAUCACUCCUCGUUCUGCCGACUCGAUCUUGGUCAUUGGGCAAGCAGAUGCCUAUGCACAGUGCAAGUCGAUCAAAAAGGACGGGUCUCGAUGCAAGGCAUUUGUCAUUCGUGGGAAAGACAAUGGCGUGUGCGACUACCACCUUGAGCAGGCCGUGGCCGGACGCUUGCGGUCGCGUAUGGAAUUCGCCUCAGGUACAUCCAGCGUGCUGGGACAGCCGACCGGGCGAAUCGACUUUCAACGACAGGAAAAAAGCCGGCGCGCUCGGCCCAGCAGCACCGUGGGCAUCAGCGGACUCGAUGUGGGGUCCUCAACCAUGAAUCAGACCUAUACCGCGCCAGGAUCCAACCUGUCACUCUCUUCAUCCGACCCGCGCUCCGUUGGAUACGACGUCGAGGCACGGUACGGCAGAGGACGUGCGGAAAGAGAGCAACGCAAACGGAAGCAGGACAAGCUCGAGGAGCGCGUGUCGAAUUUGCAAGCGAGCCAGGUGUCGAGGCCGGUGGUCGCUGACGAGCCGGCCCCCUCGUCGACCGUGCACGCAAGCGACGACGUCGAGGCCAAGUUUUUCUCCGAGGUCGACCAAAACAGUUUGGCAGCAAAGACACUGCGCAUUGCCCAAGCGACGUUGCGUGGCGACCCCAAGCCACGCCGUGGGAAGCAGCACGCAGAGUCGUCAGAGUCGUCUGCGCCGUCGUCCUCUACUUCUCGCCUCCUGGCCAGGCACGAAGCGAAGGCGUCGUCCUUGCCGGAAGCAAAGCUCAAGACCAAGCGAUUCCGGUCCAACGUACUGGAUCGUCCAGGCUCAGCAGGCCAGCAGGCACGAGCGGCGCAGGCAGAAGAGGAUGGAUUCGUAAUCAUUUGA